UUGUCAUAAGUCAUAACAAAUUUUAUCAUAGCAGCAAAAAGGGAACGUAAUGAUGGUGUAAGGUUAACUUUCAGAGAUUAUGAGCGAAAGUAGGCGCAACUUUCAAAAGUAGCAUUAUGUAAAAAAAAAUCUCUUUAAAAAUUCGUUGCACUGGCGCCUUAAUUGUGUAAUAUUUAUGAAUCUUCUGAAAUCGUUAACAUUGUGGUGUAAAAGAUGAAGUCAACUUUUAAUCGUGGUGUCUAUUUCUUAUUUAAAAAAAAUCUACUACUUACAAACAGUGUUUCAUCAGGUGGUUUUAUGCUUAUGGGUGAUUUAAUUCUGCAAGAAAUUGAGUUUCAAUCAAAAAUCUUACCAAAAAGAUAUGACUGGGCCCGAGCAGGAAGAAUGUUCGUGGUAGGAACAUUAAUGGGUCCAAUGCAUCAUUAUUAUUAUAUUUAUUUAGACAAAUUUCUGCCCAAAGCUAAUUUAAAAACAGUUGCUAAAAAGAUUUUAACUGAUCAAUUACUUGCAUCACCAUCAACAAUUUUAUGUUUUUUCUAUGGAAUGGGAUAUCUAGAAAAGAAAACUUUUGAACAAAGCAAUUUAGAAAUUAAAGAAAAAUUUAAAUAUGUGUACACGGUAGAUUGUCUAUUCUGGCCGCCAGUGCAAUUUGUUAAUUUUUAUUUUUUACCUACACACUACAGGGUAUUUUAUAUUAAUGUUGCAACAAUGAUAUAUAAUGUAUUUUUGUCAUUUAUGAAACACUUGGACCAUUAUAAAUAA